AUGAGAGAAUUCAUUCCCUUCUGGAAACAACCCAGCCACCCAGACCGACUCAAAGUCGUCAAAGGCGACAAACCAUACAAAUCUUCCGCAAGGUCACUGAUCUCCUUACCCGCGGGGUCAUUCUUUGCCAAAAUCUCCACGGCCACCUUCGUCAGCCACGACACUUAUACAUCCGUCGCCAAUGGGAAGGGCUCACGGAUCGAGCUCAACUCUGACCUCAUCUACUGCAACCAUUCCUGCUCCCCCAGUCUGGUUUUCGACAUGACCAAGUUCGAAGUCCGCGUCUCGGAUGACCGACCUCUGGCAGUCGGAGACGAGCUGACGUUCUUCUACCCCAGCACUGAGUGGACAAUGGUGCAACCUUUUGAAUGUGAAUGCAAUGCCGGGCCAGGAAAAUGCCUUGGACUCAUAGCCGGCGCGAGCAAGGUUGACCUUUCAGUUCUGAAAAGAUUUUGGCUGAAUGAGCAUAUUCGACAACUUGUGCAGGAGAAGACAUGGUUCAGGUUUGAGAAGUUGCAUCGCACGUAG